GUGUGACCUCAAAAAGACUUCAAUAUGUCUCGAUUUUUCGCUACUGGCUCAGACAGUGAGUCUGAAGAAUCCGUUUCUGGAGAUGAGAUUCUUCCUAAGCCAGUGGGAGGCACCUACGGCAAGCAGCCUCUCCUCCUCAGUGACGAUGAAGAGGACACGAAGCGAGUGGUGCGCAGUGCCAAGGAUAAGAGAUUCGAGGAGCUGACAAACCUUAUUAAAACCAUCCGCAAUGCUAUGAAGAUUCGGGACAUGACGAAAUGUCUGGAGGAGUUUGAGCAGCUCGGCAAAGCCUACGCAAAGGCCAAGAACAUUGUGGAUAAGGAGGGGGUUCCCCGCUUUUACAUCCGCCUCCUCUCUGAUUUGGAGGAUUAUUUGAAUGAGCUAUGGGAGGACAAAGAGGGAAAGAAGAAGAUGAAUAAAAACAACGCUAAAGCCCUGAGCACACUGCGUCAGAAACUGCGCAAAUACAACCGUGACUUUGAGACAUCAAUCAGUGCCUACAAACAGAAUCCCGAAGAGUCGGCAGAUGAAGACCAGGAAAAAGAUGAUGAUGAUUCAGAUGCUUCAUCUUCCAGUGAUGACGACGACGAUGACGAUAAGGAUGAAGGGAUGAGUGCCAGCAAGUUUCUGAAGAAGGUGGAAUCUGCCCCGCCUGAUACUCGCAAUAAAUUCUUGAAGAAAGCAGAGGAUGAGGAAGAUGAGGAGGAAUCGUCAGAUGAUGAAGAUUGGGGUUCAGAUUCUGAAGACUCUGACUCAGAGUCAGAAGAUGAUCAAGGGAAUCGAACAUCCCUGGCUUCAAAAUUCCUUAAAAAGGUAGCUACUGAGGGUGACCGCCAGGCUCAAGAGAAGAAGAAAGAGGACAAAGCCAAGAAGAAGCAACAUCGCAAAGUAAAAAGCAGAGAACAUGAGGAUGACAUAGAGGAAGAGGAUAAUGAAGCAGGUGGCGAGUGGGAGAAGGUGAAAGGAGGAGCUCCCAUGGUCAAGGAAAAACCCAAGAUGUUUGCUAAAGGCACAGAGAUUACACCAGUGAUUGUGGUCAAAAAACUCAAUGAAAUUCUGCAGGCCAGAGGGAAAAAAGGCACUGACAGAGCUGCUCAGAUAGAGCUCCUUCAACUUUUGGUGGGAAUCUCCGAGGAGAACAACCUGGGUCAGGGUAUCUCCAUCAAAAUAAAGUUCAACAUCGUUGCCUCUCUGUACGAUUAUAAUCCCAAUCUGGCUGCCUUCAUGAAGGCUGACAUGUGGAAGAAGUGUCUGGAAUGUAUCCAUGAUCUGCUUGACAUCUUGUUUUCCAAUCCCAAUAUUUUUAUCGGGGAGAAUAUUGCUGAAGAUUCAGAAAACCUUGCAAACCUAGAUCAGCCCAUUCGUGUGCGUGGCUGUAUUCUCACAUUGAUUGAAAGGAUGGACGAGGAGUUCACUAAAAUCAUGCAGAACACGGAUCCACAUUCUCAAGAGUACGUGGAUAAUCUGAAGGACGAGGCUCGGGUGUGUGAAGUGAUCGAGCGGCUUCAGCGUUACCUGGAAGAGAAAGGAAGUACGGACGAGAUCUGCAGGGUCUACCUCCGCAGGAUCAUGCACACUUACUACAAAUUCGACUACAAAGCCCACCAGAGGCAAAUGAGCAGUGAGAGCGAUUCUAAGUCUGAGCAGGACCAAGCUGAGAACGAGGCAGAAGACAGUGCCAUCCUCAUGGACAGACUCUGCAAGUAUAUUUAUGCCAAAGACAGAACAGACAGAAUUCGAACCUGUGCCAUACUUUGCCAUAUUUACCACCACGCUCUUCACAACCGCUGGUUCCAAGCCAGAGACCUGAUGCUCAUGUCCCACCUACAGGACAACAUCCAGCACGCAGACCCUCCUGUGCAGAUUUUAUAUAAUCGAACCAUGGUGCAGUUGGGCAUAUGCGCAUUCCGGCAGGGAAUGAUUCGAGACGCCCAUAAUGCACUGCUUGAUAUCCAAUCCAGUGGACGAGCCAAAGAGCUCCUGGGCCAGGGAUUGUUAAUGAGGACCAUGCAGGAGAGGAACCAGGAGCAGGAGAAGAUCGAGAAGAGGCGACAGAUCCCAUUCCACAUGCACAUUAACCUGGAACUGUUAGAAUGCGUGUACCUAGUGUCUGCAAUGCUGCUGGAGAUCCCAUACAUGGCCGCACAUGAGUUUGAUGCACGCCGGAGGAUGAUCAGCAAACAGUUUCACCACCAGCUGCGUGUGGGAGAGAGACAACCUCUACUGGGACCUCCUGAGAGCAUGAGAGAACACGUGGUGGCUGCCUCCAAGGCCAUGAAAAUGGGAGAUUGGAAGACCUGUAAGAACUUUAUCAUCAACGAGAAGAUGAAUGGGAAGGUGUGGGACCUGUUCCCCGAGGCUGAGCGAGUGCGGAACAUGCUCAUUAGGAAGAUACAGGAGGAAUCGCUGCGCACUUACCUUUUCACCUACAGCAGUGUGUAUGACGCAAUCAGGAUGGGGAUUUUAGGGGAAAUGUUCCAGCUGGAGAUCCCGACUGUACAUAGCAUUAUCAGCAAGAUGAUCAUUAGUGAGGAGCUUAUGGCAUCUCUUGACCAGCCCACCCAGACUGUGGUGAUGCACGGCACAGAGCCCAGCUCCCUACAGAACACGGCACUGCAGCUGGCUGAGAAGCUUGGCAACCUGGUAGAGAAUAAUGAAAGGGUAUUUGACCAUAAGCAAGGCAGCUAUGGUGGAUACUUUAACAGAGACCAGAAAGAUUCCUACCAGAGGAAGGAGGGAGGCGGCGGAGGUGGAUAUGGCGGUGGAGGAUAUGGUGGCGGCGGAGGUGGUUACGGUGGUGGAGGACAUGGCGGAGGUGGUUACGGUGGUGGAGGACAUGGCGGAGGUGGUUACGGUGGUGGAGGACAUGGCGGAGGUGGCUACGGUGGUGGAGGACAUGGCGGAGGUGGCUACGGUGGUGGAGGACAUGGCGGAGGUGGCUACGGUGGUGGAGGACAUGGCGGAGGUGGAUACGGUGGUGGAGGACAUGGCGGAGGUGGCUACGGUGGUGGAGGACAUGGCGGAGGUGGCUACGGUGGUGGAGGACAUGGCGGAGGUGGCUACGGUGGUGGAGGACAUGGCGGAGGUGGAUACGGAGGUGGAGGAUAUGGCGGUGGUGGAGGUGGAUACGGCGGUGGAGGAUAUGGAGGCGGUGGAUACGGGAGGAGAGGAUACAACAGACGUGACCAGCAAAAGUCCUAGACUAUGCUACCAUUUAGAUGGUGUGAUCAGCGCUUUCUGUUCCAAUUUCUAUAUCAAUCUUUAUUUAGUAAAUAAAGGGAUAUGGCUGUAAGUUA